AUGGAAACGUGGUUUUGGGUUAUCGCUUGGUUCCUUUCCAUCCUCACAAUGGCUGGAAAUGGAUUUGUCAUCCUCCUCGUCUACAACAAACGUCAGCUUCGUACCAAGACCAACACAUUGAUUGUGUCUUUAGCAGUGGCCGAUUUUUGUGUUGGGAUGAUAGCUCUCCCUUCACGUUUUCUCUGCGGCGUGGAAAAUAAGUGCGUUACCAAUGAAACAGCAAGCUUAAUCAGUACUUAUGUAAGAGUAUUUUUGGUGUACGCAUCUGGGUCAAACUUAUUUAGCGUAGUACUUGAACGCUAUAUCGCCGUGGCGAAACCUCUGAAAUAUUUGACUUUUAUGACAAGCUGCAGAGUCAUUCAAAUGGUUGUUACAUCUUGGGCAAUUCCUUUUCUUUUCAUUCUGACUAUAGCUUCGAUCCGAUUCAAUUUAAUCUUUCGUGUUAGUGGCUUUGUGUAUUUGCUUUUCGAGGUAAUUUUGUGCGUAAUUUUAAUGUUUAGCCUCGCAUCCAUGUUUCUUGCUGUUUACAAGAACUCUGGAAAACGCCGUUUAGCAAAGCAAUUGCAGUUUAAUCAACGCAUGGUCAAAAACAAGACUCACAACAGGUCAGCAGUCACAUGGGUGGCAUUGGUAACGAGCGUGUUUCUUUUGUGUUACGGAUUACUGAUACGUUGUAGUAUAGUAGUUUUAACUGGUCAUCCUUGUAACGAUUUUCACUAUAAAGUACCUCUACAAGUUGUAAACUCUGGAAUAAACCCUAUAGCUUAUGCUUUCUUCAAAAGGGACAUAAAGCAA